CAACUUUGUCAACACUUCGCUGGUCAGGAAAAACAAAAAAAAAGAAAAGAAAUAAUACCGCUGUCAGUGUGGAGAAAGAAUGUCCCAACUGGAUUUGCUGGAGGAAAUUUGCCAUCUCAGAUGCAGUGGCGCAGAGCGAGAUUUACUGAAUUCUUGGCAAACCUACCGGGUUUCGGACAUUACGCGUCGGCUGGCAAGUGAAACGGGCCGACUAAUUUAUGCGGAAGCAAUCGCCUUCGCCGAGGAGGAAGAUUCCAAGACCUUCCACCCGAAGUCGCUGGGAAUGCUGGCGGUGCAGGCUUUGGUGGAGUCCCAUACGAGUGGCCCGAUGCCAAGUGGAUUGACUUGCGAGCAGGUGCGUGAUUUCGGGCUACUUCUACCGUUGGAGUUGCCCAUACUGGAUUUACUGGAGUUUGAGAAUGAAACGUAUUGGAAACGUGUUGUAAAAUCCAAAACAAAGCGUCUUGUUGAUUUUUUAAAACAUGAGAGAGAUUCUGAUGUUCACUGGAAACCGCUGGGAAUGGAAUUGCUGGUGGCGGAAGCGAUCGAGCGGGAGAAACCUGAAUACUGGUUCGAAGGCAUUCUGGAAGAUAUUCUAAUCAACUCGGCUCCGUUUGUGCGAAAGUUGGUCAUAUCGGAGCUCUUAUCUUUGGAAAAAAUCGAAGCUGCCGAGGGUUAUGAAGAGUACAGAGUUUACGAUGUACCUUCGGAGUUGUGCAGCCAUGGUUCGCUGGAAAUUUUGAAACAUCUAACAAAUCUCACCUCUUUGAGUUUAGUUUUUGGACUAGACAGUGUUGUUAAUGGUUAUGAGCGACGAUUCUUCCAGUUUUCCCUAGAAGACAUGGAAAACUUGGCGAAAGCGCUUCCAAAGUUGGUGGUUUUAGAGAGUUUCACUCUAGCUAGAAGUAAAAUGUCACCCGACAAACUGAAGGUGCUUUUAGGAGCAUUAGCGCAGUUGAAACUUAAAUCGUUAGAGUUAUCUUAUUGUUAUUUGGGGGUAGAAACGGGCAUUCUAUUUGGAAGGUACAUAAGCAAAUGUCCCGCAACUCUAACCUGUCUUAACUUGAUGGGAAAUUUUUUGAACGAUAAGCAGCUAGAAGAUUUCAGCUAUGGAAUCAAUGUUUACCAGGGAGUUCUGGAUAAACUCGACCUAUCGCACAAUCCUUUCGGCGAGGCUGGUGUGCUGAUGCUGGGUGGAGCAAUCAAAAACACGGAACACGUGCGGGAGCUAAACGUUACCGGUUGUGAGCUGGGGGCGCAAGGUGCCUACAGAGUAGUACAACUGCUUGGUUUCCAUCGGUCGCUAAAGGUACUCCACAUGAAUUGCACUCCAUUGGGCAAAAACGGGGGCAAAAAGUUAGUUCAGGUGCUCAAAGAAAACUGGUUUGUUGAGGUGGUGAAUUGCAAACAGUGUGACCUGAAAAUAAGUCACGAGCAGCGAGUGAGAAGCAUUCUUCGUCGGAACCAAAAAUUCCUGCUGGCUCGUAAGGAUACUUUGUUUGCGACGGAAGCGCAGCGAGCCGGAACAAUCUGACGUAAUAUGAGAAAGUUUGUGGGU